AUGUCAUCCAGAUACAGAGUUGAAUACCAUUUAAAGGCGCACCGCAAGGAUGAGCUUAUAGACUGGAUCAAGGGUCUUCUCGCGGUGCCCUUCGUGCUCCAUUCGGCGUCGAUGGACGGCGCAGGGCAGACGAUGCUGAGAAAACGGUACUCGGAGGUGUUCCGGGCCGUGGAAGAGCUCAUACAAGAAGAAUGCGUGGCGCUACGCAGCCUGAGUCCCUCUGCCGUUCUACCGGGCAACCGAUCGCGCCUGGCGCAAUUGGUGCCCUCGGUGGGGCCAUUUUUCACGCCGCUUCCACUUGAGGCGGCGUUUCUCUCCGAGGACCGGCGCAGAGCGAUCUCUGCGCGGUCCAUGGUCGCACCGAGCUUCAACGAUAUCAGGCACAUUUUGAACACGGCGCAGAUCUUGCAGAUGCAGCGUGCUGGAUGUGUCAAAUUGGUGACGUUUGACGGUGACGUGACGCUCUACGAGGAUGGAGGCUCGCUCAGCAGCACCGAUAAAGUCGUGCCCUGUCUGUUGGCGCUGCUGCGCCGCGGAAUUUGCGUUGGAAUCGUCACCGCGGCAGGCUACGACGAGGCAGAGAAGUACAUGGACCGGCUGCACGGGCUGAUGGACGCACUUCGCGCGGACGACACGAUCUGCGCCGAGUACAAGCGCAAUUUGGCAGUCAUGGGCGGAGAGUCUAAUUAUUUGUUUAGAUACGACCCGGAGACCCACGAUCUGCGCAAGAUAGAAGAAUCCGAGUGGCUUCUGCCCAUCAUGCGUGAAUGGGCAGACUCCGACAUCACAGAAACGCUCGAUCUCGCAGAGAGUCUUUUCAACGGGUUUAAGGCGAGCCUCAACCUCCCAGAAGAGGCAACUGUAAUCCGGAAACCUCGUGCUGUUGGAAUUGUACCUGGAAAUCGGUUUAAUUCCGAGACCAGACGUACUAUUAGAGUCAAAAUGGACAGAGAACAACUCGAAGAGAUGGUAUUGACUCUCCAACAGAGACUCGAAAGAUUUGCUCCGGCUACACGUGUCCAAUUCAGUUGUUUUGACGGUGGAAGUGAUGUCUGGUGCGAUAUCGGGGGCAAAGAUCUAGGUGUAAGAGCCCUACAACGGUUUUACUGUCCCUCCCAUCCUAUACAACCACGCGAAACGCUACACGUUGGCGACCAAUUUGCACCUAGAGGUUCUGCAAAUGACUUCAAGGCUCGUCUCUCUGGUAGCACACUGUGGAUCGCGUCUCCUCAAGAAACCGUGGCCAUCUUGCAUCAACUCAUUCAAGGGUUUGAUUAG